AUGCACCCAAGCCGGAGGAUCGCAGUUAUAUGCCUCUUCCUGGCCUUUAUCUUAUGCAUCAUAAACCAUUUGAAUAUCUUAGGGAUUCUGGGAGGCCCCAGGAUCACCAAAGAAGUUGGGAACAGGUUGAGUCAUUUUAAGUCUGAGGAUACGUACAAACCUCUGAUGUGUUCGAUAAAUGGUUACAUGAGUCCUGGAUGCUAUCAACUCAAGAAUUCUACUCUCGUGGUCGAUUUCAAGCACAUCAAGUAUUGGUGCGAAAUGGAAGGAUACCUGAAUCCCACCGAGGAUGUUUUUCAUAUAUCGAAUGGAGGCGCACAAUCUAUUUCGCCUUUGACAUUCAAGACACACGAACCCUUGGGCUACUAUAUGGGCAAUCGCUUUUCGAGCAAACCUGAGGGCAAAGCGCGCAUCCUUUUAGUCGAUGCGGAGCACACUAUCCCAAUAUCACGACAAUGGGACCCGAGGGGUCACCCCUACCCCAUUCAGAUAGCCCAAUUUGGUUUGGCCUGCUACAGUCGAUACCGGACUCUGCAGAGUUGGAAGCCUUCUCCUCAUGCAUUUCCCUACCAAAUGGUGGUUGAUUUCAAGUCCCAAUUCGCUAGUCAUCUGAAUUGCAGCAGUGACAACAACCAUUGUAGUUUCGGAGAGAAGGCGGGAUCCGUGAGCUACAAAUUGACUGGUGCAAACCUAUCCCAUAAUUUGACCGCUCUCAUUACGAAGGGAGCCAAUUGGCCACGUGGAACGCGGCUUGUCAUCAAUGUUUCUCUCAGGCUAUCAACUCGGAGGCGGGCGCAGAUCCACUUCGCCUGUACUGAUACCUUUGGUGAAGGCAGCGUCGUCAUAGAAAAUGACUACUGGGCUUUAGGCUACAGUGAAUCAGUUGAUUUAAAAGUGGUAUUCUUCCAAAAGCACUGUCGGAAGGUUGUGCUUCUGCAAAAUCUUGAGAUGGUUCUCAUGAAGGCCGUUGACAGCAUCAAUCGUGAGGCCAAGGCUAAACCCAUUCUUAAAAGUCUUCUUCUUGACUCUAAAACGCACAAACUAAUGGUUGUUGAUGCUGUGGAACUGAGGUAUCCUCGGCAGAGCAUCGAUGGAGACGGGCCGGGGGUGGUACAGGAGCUCCUUCUUUUUGUCCCAAUCAAGAACGAGAGGGUGGAGGAGGUGGGGAGUUUGCGUCACUUACUUGUGAACACCGAGUUUGAACGGCAGCGCUUCAUGGCUGCGGCUGAGUGGCUGGUGCAAAACCAGGCGCAGGACGGCUCAUGGCGAAUCUCAGCCAAACAUGUCUUAACCCGUGAUAUCUACCUCAAACCCGGCUGGUGUUCUGCCAUGGGACAAGGACAGGGCAUCUCCUUACUGGUUCGCGCAAGCCAUGUGACCGGGGAUGAGGUCUUUCUGAAGGCAGCUCACCGCGCUCUCGGGCCUUUCAGCCGCUCCGUCCAACUGUCACAGUCCUCCGACGAGGAGUGCGGAGUGCGUGCAAACUUUCUCGGUCAGAGCACGCUACCCUGGUAUGAGGAGUAUCCAGCCAUACCCAGUGUCUUCGUUCUCAACGGCUUCAUCUACUCCCUCAUAGGCCUUUACGAUCUCUCUAAGAUGACCAUUGUGAAUAAAAGCAAUAACUCCGUCACUGCGAGAGCCUCUCAACUACUGGAGGAGGGAGUCGGUACGUUGGUACGAGUGUUGCCACUCUACGAUAGUGGCACGGGCUCUUUCUAUGAUCUGCGGCACCUCAGUCUGGCGCAUGCCUUCCGUCUGUCACCCCGCAUAGAGCGCCUGACACUGAGCAAGCAAGGAGUAGUGGAUACGAGGAGUGGAACAUUGCAGGCCCUCCUCAAGGCCGGACCGAACCGCGCACGGUGGCAGUAUCACCAGAUUCACCUGUUACAACUGUAUCAACUCGCUGCAGUCAUUGCGCCUCAGCAUGCUAAUCUUUGGCACAUCUACUUUGACCGAUGGCUGGCCUAUCUCGAGUCAUUUUGCGACUGUGAAGCCUCUCGUCGCCCCAAAUUGCCACCUCUGAGUGUUAUUUUAACUAAACAGGUGUGUGAGUAUGAAGACAAGAAGGGAACUGCAACUUUUGAAAACUACGAAGGAGCUAUGUGUCGAAAUUCGGGUGAAAAUCUGCGAUGGCGUCUGCACCAGGGAGAAUCGAACUUCGGUCGCGAAAAAGUGAUCCUCAAUUUCGUAUCUGCCCAUUGGGACCCCCCCAAUAAUCGGAGUCACCAUAGUGUCAAGUUCCAGUUCACCAUAUCUACUGCGAGUGCUGACAAUGCUCUUCCACUUCCCUUGGCACGUGGAUUUGCAGCCAGUAUGCAGGUCAUAGGUCCACUGGAAAAGUCCUACGCUCGUCUUGGCAUCGGAAUGCUCAUUUUUACCAACGAAACAAUCCACCCUAGUCAGAAAUUCCUUCAAACCAACUUGUUUGACUUCGGUGUCGAAGAGGAGCCGGGAAACUUUCUGUCGACCGUCGUCCUUCUAAACAAGCGCGAGCCCCCGCAGGCGGGAGAUGAGGUGGACAUGCCUCCAGCCUAUGUCUUCUGGAGGGACGUGUGUUUUGUCGAUCCGGUGGAUCGAUGGAGUGCAGGACGACGCGUAGUGGCCUUUCAGAGCAGUCCAACGCGGAACAGCAAAACCAACAGACACAUCAAUCGCUCCCUUCCACAGGCCCUGUUCGGUUUCAAGCGGUUCAACAUCCACGUGCACAGCAAUGACACUGCCGCUACCAUGAGUGAGUGGUUCGGCUUCGGCAGUGCAGGCGAUGGGUUCUUCGUCAAGACCAACUACACUGACUGGAGCUUUAUAAUGGCUCUGGGGAGUCCGCCUCCCGCCUCCACAUCCGUGGUCGCGCGCUUUUUCACUCCGUUGGUCCUGCCGCUGUUGGCACUUUUGGGCAGUGUGGCUUACAUCUACGCCAGCCAGCACUGGGCCCCCCCCCUCAACGAUGGCACUGAGGUCACUCGACCUCUCAUAAACGAGGUUAGUAUUGGUGAGGCAGAUGACGAUGGUGGAUAUCCGGGCUUCGGCGACCUCAACAGAACGCGCUUGCAGGAAAACAGCAACAUCGAGGGCGACGAAGCCACCGCUAUCCCCACGUCCUCAUAUGGCGCCAUAUAG